AUGGUAAAAACCAACGCUGUUCAUCCGGUUAGCCCCACCAUGCUCGGCAUCACUAUGUCCCAGUAUGUAGUGAGGUUAAAACUGAGAAUCCAGUCUUCAGGGGUGAUGCUCAACUUCUGGCUGGUGGCCGUCCUCUGUGCUACCGUCACAUUCAGAUCCAAGAUCAUACAAGCCAUCAACGAGCCGUUGACGGUGUGUGUGUUCAGAUACACAACCUUCUACAUCUACUACACACUGCUGCUCAUCUCUCUGCUCCUGGCAGCCCUCUCAGACCAGCCUCCUCUCUUCUCAGAGGCAUCCAAAGACGCUAAUCCCUGUCCUGAGAUCGGAGCAUCCUUUCUGUCCAGAAUCAGCUUCUGGUGGAUCACUGGUCUGAUAGUAACAGGUUAUAAGCGUCCGUUAGAACAGAAGGAUCUGUGGUGUCUGAACUCAGAGGACCGCUCCCAGAGGGUCGUCCCUCAGCUCGUACGACGCUGGAACAACGAGUGCCUGAAGGUCAAAAGACCGGAGGAGAAGACUCUGUACUCCCCUAAGAAGGCUCCUCGGGGAGAGAGGAAGGAGGGUGUCCCCGUAGAGGAGUCAGAGAUCCUGAUUAUGAAGACACCCCAGAAGACGAGAGAACCCUCUCUGUUCUGGGCCCUCUGUCUCACCUUCGGACCCUACUUCCUCAUCUCUUCACUCUACAAGAUCAUCCAGGACAUUCUCAUGUUCGUGGGGCCGAAUAUACUCAGGUUGCUGAUCCAGUUUGUGAACGACUCUAGCGCCCCCUCGUGGCAGGGCUACUUCUACACCGCGCUGCUGUUCGUCUGCACCUGCUUCCAGACCCUCAUCCUGCAGAAGUACUUCCAUGUGUGCUUCGUCACGGGAAUGAGGCUACGCACUGCUAUAGUAGGAGCUGUCUACAGGAAGGCUCUGGUGAUCAGUAACGCGGCACGGCGUACGUCUACAGUGGGAGAGAUCGUCAACCUGAUGUCGGUCGACGCCCAGCGCUUCAUGGACCUCAUCACCUACAUCAACAUGAUCUGGUCUGCUCCUCUACAGGUCAUACUGGCCCUGUACUUCCUGUGGCAGAACUUGGGUCCGUCGGUGCUGGCUGGCGUGGCUGUAAUGGUUCUGAUGGUGCCAAUCAACGGUGUGAUCGCAAUGAAGACCAAAACAUACCAGGUAGCUCAGAUGAAGAGUAAAGACAACCGCAUCAAGCUGAUGAACGAAGUUCUCAACGGCGUCAAGGUGUUGAAGCUGUAUGCGUGGGAGCUGGCCUUCAAAGACAAGGUGUCAGCCAUCAGAGAGAGCGAGCUCCGUGUCCUCAAGAAGGCUGCUUACCUGGGGGCCAUAUCCACCUUCACCUGGGUCUGUGCUCCCUUUCUGGUGGCGCUGUCUACAUUCACCGUGUAUGUGAUGAUAGAUGAGAGGAACGUGCUGGAUGCUCAGAAGGCAUUUGUGUCUCUGGCUCUGUUCAACAUCCUGCGUUUCCCCCUCAACAUGCUGCCCAUGGUCAUCAGCAGCAUGGUCCAGGCCAGUGUUUCUAUGAAACGUCUGUGUGUGUUUCUGUCUCAUGAGGAGCUGCAGGAGGACAGUGUGGAGCGCAUGGCUGUAGCAGGCUGCUCAGACAGUAUCUCCAUUGACGACGGGGUGUUCAGCUGGUGUAGAAACGAUGCCCCCACUCUGAAGAGGUUGAGUGUACGUAUCCCAGAUGGGUCUCUGGUAGCUGUGGUGGGACACGUUGGCUCAGGGAAAUCCUCUCUGCUCUCUGCUCUGCUGGGGGAGAUGGAGAAACUAGAGGGAUCUGUCUCUGUCAAGGGCUCUGUGGCCUAUGUGCCUCAGCAGGCGUGGAUCCAGAAUGCCACCCUGAAAGACAACAUAGUGUUUGGUCAGGAGAGGAAGGAGAGCUGGUACCACAGAGUGGUGGAGGCCUGCGCCCUGCUGCCAGACCUGGAGAUCCUGCCUGCUGGAGACGGCACUGAGAUCGGGGAGAAGGGUGUGAACCUGUCAGGUGGUCAGAAGCAGAGGGUCAGUCUGGCCAGGGCGGUCUACUGCGACUGUGCUGUCUAUCUAUUGGACGAUCCUCUGUCGGCGGUCGACGCCCACGUGGGCAAACACAUCUUCGAGAAGGUUGUCGGGCCCCAGGGAGUCCUCAAGGACAGGACUCGUGUCCUGGUGACCCACGGUCUGAGCUUCCUGCCCCAGGCAGAUCUGAUCCUGGUGAUGGUGGAGGGAGAGAUCACUGAGAGGGGCUCCUACCUGGAGCUGAUGGCACGGGACGGGGCCUUCGCUGAGUUCCUCAGGACCUACGCCAACAAAGAGCAGGAAGAUGACGAAUCAGAAGAGGGGAGGGAGGAGGAGGAUACUGAAGACUCUGCACCAAAGAGAGGACUGGAGAAUGGACUUCCUGCUGCUGUGAUUGGUCAGAACCAUACCAGUACAUCAGAAGGAGAAGUCCUGGGGAAGAAGGCCAAGAACGCUGAGGUGGGGAGAAUCACAGAGGCUGACAAGGCCAACACCGGGCGGGUGAAGUUGUCAGUAUUCUGGGAGUAUAUGAAGGCUAUAGGGGUGGUGUUGUCCUGCGUCAGUAUCUUCCUGUUCUUCAGUCACCACUUCGCCUCUCUCUUCUCUAACUACUGGCUCAGUCUGUGGACUGACGACCCGGUCGUCAACGGAACCCAGCCCAGCAGAGAGAUGAGACUGGCGGUGUACGGAGCUCUGGGGGCCUCACAGGGCAUAGCUGUGUUCUGCUACUCCAUCUCUGUCUCUAUCGGUGGUAUAUUAGCAUCACGCUACCUCCACCAGUCCAUGCUGUACAACGUACUGCGUUCCCCCAUGUCCUUCUUCGAGCGCACCCCCAGCGGUAACCUGGUGAACCGUUUCUCCAAGGAGACAGACACCAUUGACUCUAUCAUCCCAAGUAUCAUUAAGAUGUUCAUGGGCUCCAUGUUCAACGUAGUAGGAUCCUGUGUGGUCAUACUGAUCGCUACUCCACUAGUGGCUAUUAUCAUACCUCCUCUGGGGAUACUCUACUUCUUUGUCCAGCGUUUCUACGUGGCGUCGUCUCGUCAGUUGAAGCGUCUGGAGUCCGUCAGUCGCUCCCCGGUCUACACACACUUCAACGAGACGUUGCUAGGCGCCAGCGUCAUCCGAGCCUUUGGGGAGCAGGAGCGCUUCAUCAGGGAGAGUGACGGUCGAGUUGACCACAACCAGAAAGCAUACUACCCCAGCAUCGUAGCCAACCGGUGGCUGGCGGUGCGUCUGGAGUUUGUAGGGAACGGUAUCGUAAUGUUUGCUGCUCUGUUUGCUGUGAUGGCUAGAGAGAGCCUCAGCCCUGGGAUCAUGGGCCUGUCCAUCUCAUACGCACUACAGCUGACGGCCUCUCUGACCUGGCUAGUGAGGAUGUCUUCAGAUCUGGAAACCAACAUUGUGGCCGUGGAGAGAGUCAAGGAGUACGAAGACACAGAGAAAGAGGCGGACUGGAGACAUGACCAAUCGUCUCUGCCUCCAGGCUGGCCCACAGCAGGCAACAUAGACAUCAGAGGGUUUGGUCUGCGAUAUAGAGAGGACCAGGAACUGGCAGUACGCAACAUCACCGUAGCCAUCCACGGAGGAGAGAAGGUGGGUAUAGUAGGUCGUACAGGAGCAGGGAAGUCCUCUCUGACUCUAGGAUUGUUCCGCAUCAUCGAGGCGUGUGAGGGAGAGAUUCAUAUCGAUGGAGUUAACAUCGCCACGCUGGGUCUCCAUGAACUACGCUCCAGGAUCACCAUCAUACCACAGGACCCAGUGUUGUUCUCUGGGUCUCUGAGGAUGAAUCUGGACCCCUUCGAUGGCUACUCUGAUGAGGAGGUGUGGAGAGCCCUGGAGCUCUCCCAUCUCAAGAGCUUUGUGUCGGGCCUGCCGGACAAACUCAACCACGAGUGUUCAGAGGGAGGAGAGAACCUCAGUCUGGGUCAGCGCCAGCUGGUGUGUCUGGCCCGAGCCCUCCUGAGGAAGACAAAGAUCUUAGUUCUGGAUGAGGCCACAGCUGCUGUGGACCUGGAGACCGACAACCUGAUCCAGUCCACCAUCAGAACCCAGUUUGAUGACUGCACUGUCCUGACCAUCGCACACAGACUCAAUACUAUCAUGGACUACACCAGAGUGCUGGUCCUGGAUAAAGGGGAGAUGGCAGAGUUUGACUCUCCCGCCACUCUCAUCACCAAGAGAGGAAUCUUCUACAAGAUGGCUAAAGACUCUGGACUGGUCUGAGUGGGCGAACGGGAGAGGACAGGUUGCUUAAAGACAACAUCCCUCCUUACAGAGAACUCCUCCUCCAACCCCCUCUUCCUCUCCUCAGACCGUGCAGGGAAGAAGUAGCAGAGAGAGAGAGAGGAGAUUUCUAAGGAUUUCAAUGUUUCUGAUAAGUGUGUAUAAAUUAUGGGAGCACUCUACCUCCACUCCUUCCUCCAUCCUCUUCUCCCUCCAUCCCUCCCUCCUCUUCUCCCUCCACCCCUCCCUCCUCUUCUCCCUCCACCCCUCCCUCCUCUUCUCCAUCCAUCCAUCCAUCCCUCCCUCUACUUCUCCCUCCAUCCCUCCCUCCCUCCUCUUCUCCCUCCAUCCCUCCCUCCUCUUCUACCUCCACUUCUCCCUCUCUUCUCCCUCCAUCCAUCCAUCCAUCCAUCUCUCCCUCCCUCUACUACAGAAUAUGUCAAGGAUUCACUCCACUGAACCUGAUGCUGCUGCUUCUCCAGGACAAAUCCCUCCUGUUACUCCUCCCUCCCUCCCUUAACUAAAGACUUCUCCAGGACAAAUCCCUUCUGUUACUCCUCCCUCCCUCCCUCCCUUAACUAAAGACUUAUCCAGGACAAAUCCCUCCUGUUACUCCUCCCUCCCUCCCUUAACUAAAUACUUCUCCAGGACAAAUCCCUCCUGUUACUCCUCCCUCCAUCCAUCCCUUAACUAAAGACUUCUCCAGGACAAAUCCCUUCUGUUACUCCUCCCUCUCUCCCUUAACUAAAGACUUCUCCAGGACAAAUCCCUUCUGUUACUCCUCCCUCCCUUAACUAAAGACUUCUCCAGGACAAAUCCCUUCUGUUACUCCUCCCUCUCUCCCUUAACUAAAGACUUCUCCAGGACAAAUCCCUCCUGUUACUCCUCCCUCCCUUAACUAAAGACUUCUCCAGGACAAAUCCCUCCUGUUACUCCUCCCUCCCUUAACUAAAGACUUCUCCAGGACAAAUCCCUUCCAACAUCUCUUACUGUUUCUCCCUGUUUGUUCAACUCUCCUUUGAACGGGUGUCUGGAUGUUUUCAAGAUUCCCUUCAUCUUGCAGAAUUUGUCCGCUCGGACUUGCCGUUGUGGGAAGUCAGAAGGCCAUAUCAGAUCUACUCUCCUCCGUCAAUCAGACUCAGAAUACCAGCUAGGUUUAUUUUAUUUUUAAAUGGGCAUUGUGUGCUUUUGAAGAUGUUUUGUCUCUGCCCUAGUUCCUCCAUCAGAGGAAAGAAUCAGAAUAUUCUGAUUUUUUUCUAUCCAAUGUAACUGGAAUGUUCUGAAUUGUUCUCCCCAACGGAUCCGGAAUGCUCUGGUGUGUUCCUUCCAACAGAACCGGAAUGUUCUCAUCUGUUCUUUCCAAGGGAACCAGAAUGUUCUGAUCUGUUCUCUCCAACGGAACCGGAAUGUUCUGAUCUUUUCUCUCCAAUAGAACCGGGUGGACUAGGUUGAAUAUUUAUUUGACAGACAGUGCAAUGUUAUUCCCCACAGGGAGUGAGUGAAUGGAUAUCUGUCCAAUCACAGACGUUGAAACCUGUCCCAUCAGUCAGAUCCCGCCCCCCUCUAUGUUGAGUACUGUUAAAGAGAGUGAGGUCACCCACCCUUGACCUCUGCCUGGGUGGCCUUUGACCCUUGACCUCCCAGACGCUACUUUCCAUAGUGCCACACCUCAAACGGCAUCCUACACAACACUUGACCCAAGCCCUGCGUUGCAGUCUGUUGUCUGUAACCUAUAACUAGUCUAGGGAGAGACCUGUUGUCUGUAACCUAUAACUAGUCUAGGGAGAGACCUGUUGUCUGUAACCUAUAACUAGUCUAGGGAGAGACCUGUUGUCUGUAACCUAUAACUAGUCUAGGG